AUGAGUUAUCAACAACCGGACAUGUAUCACGAUCCCUCGGCGCGUUCCCCUGGUUCCCAGCGUCACCAACAACCUCUCCACCGUCAACCUUCUCGUCAGUUUGAUGCGUACGGUCCGAUGCCUGUGAACCCCUACGAGGACCAGAUGGCUCGCUACGAGUCCGCCCGUCUCGAGCGGUUAAACCCCUCUUUGCAGAAUAACUCGUACGCUUACGACAUCUCCGGCUCGCAGACCUGGAACCCCAAUGGGUUUGCCAACGCUCAAUCCCUCGGUGGUAUUCGCUCCGCCUCUGCUAGCUUGAAGCCCGCUGCCCGGGGUCGUACGGGCCUUCCUACGACCUGGCUCGAUCAGCAACCCGGCAUGCCUAAUGCCUUUUCCAACUUGGGCCCGGGCCCCAUCCAGAGUGCAGCCAUGCGCCCGGAAGCCUCCGCUUCAUCCGACGGCGAUGACGAGCUGAUUCCCACCGCCAUCGUGAUCAAGAAUAUCCCUUUUGCGGUGAAGAAGGAGCAGCUGGUGCAGUUGAUGACCGAGUUAAACCUGCCUCUGCCCUAUGCCUUCAACUACCAUUUCGACAACGGCGAGACCGCGACCGUGAUCGAGAUGCUGAACCACUUUGAAUUGCAGGGCCGAAAGUUGCGGGUCGAGUACAAGAAGAUGCUGCCCCUGCAGGAGCGUGAGCGGAUUGAACGAGAGAAGCGAGAGCGACGCGGCCAGCUGGAGGAGCAGCACCGCCCCAUGGGCAACCCCCAGCUCCAGACCCAAAGUUCGAUGUCUUCUCUGCACUCUGCCAUCCCAGCUACUUCGCCCUCCCCAGUGUCCCAGCGAGGCCAGAAAAUUGAUGUGGAUUUGAACGAUACCCAGACCUUAUCUUACUACUCCCAGCUUCUUCUCUUCAAGGAGGAUACCACGCGUGACUCGGUCAUUUUCCCUCCCAACCUGACCCCUUCCCAGCGACGCACGGUUCACACUCUGGCUCACAACAUGGGGUUGGGCCACGCCUCCCGUGGCAACGGUGAUCAACGCCAGGUCCAAGUAUACAAGGUUGCUCCCGGCACUAAUGUGAGCCCGCCCUUGUCCUCUAUUCCCCCGGCUGGUCCUUCCGAUAGCUCUCGCCGCGGCCUCAACCGCGCGGCCACUAUUGAUUUUAGCGAGGCCCGCAACGAAGGUGGCCCAGGCGCUUUCAACACUCUGCGGGGCCAGAACUCCGGCUUCCUUGGUGUGAUGGAUUCGCCGGGCAACUUCGCCAACACCCAAAACCUGCGAGCCGCCAAAUCAUUCGCUGAUUUGCGCUCGUACACGCCUUCCCCGGUCCCCUCUUCUGCCAGUUUCCCCGCCGCCCUCCAAUCCAACGGAGCUCGUCUCCAGUAUGAGGGUGCCCCGACCGGCAGCUCCAACACCCCGACUUUGACUUCCGCCCCGUCCGGCUCUUCGCUGGGUAUCCAGCGUGACGAUUUAUUGGUCAACAGCCUGGGAGGCCUCUCGUUGGGCACCGGUAUCGGUGGCCCCAACUCGAGCCCCCGGCGAUUGCGUGGUAUGUUUUCUUGGGAGCAGGACAGCCAGCCCUCGACCGCAGGUACCAUUGGCAGCAAUCGUGGAAUGGGAAUCGGGUUUGACACCGCGCAACAGGAGCGCAUGCCGAUUCGCCAGCCGCGUGGCCCGACUCCCGAGAAGGGCACCGGUUUCCGCCGUCAAAACGGCCACCAGGCCCGCGGUAGUGACGAGCUUCGCGCCAGCUCGGGCGUUGAGAUCAUCGUGGAGUAA